AUGAGACGUCAGAAUCACUCGUGUGAUCAGUGCAGAAAAUCCAAGCGAGCAUGCGAUGCCCCGCGUUUGGACGUCGCUCGACGCCGAGCUCCGGCCGACGCGGCAGUUGGGUCGAGCGAGAGAGCCGAUGCUGACGCGAGAAUUCGGCCAUGUUCGUAUUGCCUCAGGACAAAAAAGAGGUGCACAAUGGACUGGGCUUUAUCGCAGAUUCGCCUCGAAUCUGCCCCAUCCUCCACUUCCAGUUCUAGCACAAGGGAUCAAUUAAACCCGGUGCCGACAAAGCGACAGAGGAUCGACGUCGACAGCAUUCAGCCGUGGACCGUGGACGACGCGAUAGAGGAGGAGUUUGACCCCGGCUGCGCAUCAACAUUUCUCCAAGAUGCCACUCAAAUCCAGGAUCUCGUGUUCCAGGAUGCAGCGAUUCCCGAUCUCGAUCUGUCCACCGCAACCUCACUUAACAUCUUGCAGUUUGACGCAAUGCCAGACGAAGGCCUCGCCCAGACUGAGCUGCUGGAGCCCUCUAUCGAGGGAUUAACUGGAUCCGCUGUAUCCUGCAAUACGUCAAGUUCUUCUGCCAGCUCAUUCCCGCAGCCCGAUUUAAAUCUGGAGAUCUACAAUGCUUGGCAACUCCCCGAGGCCUGCUCAAAUCGCUCAAUCUCUCCCUUCUCCAUCGAUCAAACCAUGAUGGCCAGGUCCAACAACUCGCUCAUCUCGACCAACCUGCUCCAAAUUUACCACGACGUCUUUGAGCACAACCUCUCCUGCUGGUUGACGGAAGUUACAUGUCCGUACAAGCCCCCGCGCUGGAGGCCAGACGUGGCAAGCACAGCGAAUCUGAAAAGGGAAUGGGGUCCAUUCUGGUCCAACAGGAUAUACCGCCGAACCGUCAAACUCGACCGGGUCGCACAGUCGGGCAGCAUGGUACUCCUAAGUCGUUCUGAAGACCAAGCAGCCCAACGAGCUCUCCAUCUUGCAAUUAUGGCAUUUGCGACACAGUGGGCUCAAGGGAGUCGUCGUCAGCGGCAAAGAUACUCGGCCACCAUCGAUGCGAGUGACGAUAAUCCGUUGGAUGAUCUUGCCGAUGAGAUGGCUGACGAGUUUGACCGCAAUCUUCAGCGUCACUUCUGGGAACAAGCACAGAGAGCGCUGCAGGAGGUCUCAGACGUGGAGUCCUACAGAGUCGUCUGCGCGGAGCUGAUAUUCGGACUGACACAAAAGCCAUGGUCGAAUCACGAUAGCCCAAACAUCCUCGACCCAGCCAUGUUUUCGAGUCGUCAUGGAAUACGAGACAUGAAGACGUCUAUCGUGACUCAAAUCAACAGCAUCAUAUCGAAAGAAGGACCCCCGAUUUACGUGGAGAGGGCGGCUCGAAAGAUGCAUGCGCUCAAGUACCGAUACGACGCUAUUCGACGACGUCUCGAUUCGUCCACCAACGGACACGGCAAAAAGGUGGCCGAGACCCUUUCCAUCAGCGCCGAGGAUAAACACACCAUAGGACUCCUUUAUUGGCUUGCCGUCAUGUUUGAUACCGUCUCCUCAUCGAUGAAUGAACGGCCAGUCGUCGUUGGGGAUGAAGAGUGCCAGCAUUCCUCUCCGCAAGAGGAGUCUUCUAUCGACGAUGAGGUGGAUGAGACGUCGAGUGGGCGUUGGAAGAUUGAUGUCUUCAUCCAAGACGACCUUCAAGCACCCGCUCAAUUCCUUCAUUGGCCCUGCUCCUAUGAAGCUGCCGCGGAGGCUGUCACCAGGUCAGCGCCGGUGAAGGUCUUGCUAUUUCGGCACGUUUCUUAUUUGCAAAACAUCCUUCGAAAAGGUGGUCGCGGACAAAAGGUCGAAGAGAUUCUCAGGAGCACCACUUCCGUCUACCGGUAUUGGAACAUGACUUAUGGGUCCUUCUUUCGAGAACUAGUACAGCAGUUCGACGGCGUGCCCCCGCGAAUACAGGGCUGGUUCGUCUGCAUCUCGGCACAUUGGCAUCUCGCCGCUCUCAUGUUGGCGGACCUGGUGGAAUUUGUCGACGAGAACAACUUGGGCGUGGAGGUUGCCGUUCGCAGCCGCGUGAACAGCAAGAUGGCCUCCCGGAUACGAGAAACGAGCGUAAGAGAGCUCUCCGAUCUCGCCAGCGUUGCUACGCCGCCCACCGAGGAGCCAGGGAAUCACGCCGCUCCGCAACUACCAGAUUUCCACCAUGCCGUCAACGAGGGCACGAUUUUAACGGAGCCUUGGACCAUGAUAUUGAUCAGGGCUUUCAGCAAGGCAUCGGUUAUUCUCCUGGGAGAGGCGGAUGAGUCUCUGCGAUACGGCAGGGCAACGCUUGGUCACAAUAAUGAAGACUUCAAGAAGAGUCUGGAGAGAGCUGAGGAAUGUGUCAAAGCGUUGUGGCUUCUGGGCAAGAAGUCGGAUAUGGCAAGGAAAAUUGCAGAAGUAUUGUCGGUAGCGUCGGACGGGUUGAGAAGAUGA